AUGGAUCCGGUGCCGGAUCCGCAGGUCGACGUCAUGAAUGACCCCGCCUACAACACGAAUCCCCCCAACGAUGGAACACAAGAAGGCGUCGGAGAACCAGACCAUUGCCGUAUAUGUCGUUCGGAAGGAACCUCAGAUGAACCAUUAUUUCACCCCUGCAAAUGUAGUGGUUCUAUCAAAUUCGUUCAUCAAGAAUGCUUGAUGGAAUGGCUUCAACAUUCCCAAAAGAAACAUUGCGAGCUAUGCAAAACGCCUUUCCAGUUUACAAAGCUAUACGACCCUGAAAUGCCCUCCACAAUUCCCACGCCACUAUUUCUAAAGCGGCUAUUCAGACACCUUGUUCAAAACGUCAUACUCUGGGCUAGAGGUGCUUUGGUAGGCUUCGUUUGGCUGGGAUGGCUACCGUGGUGUGUGCGGUGGAUGUGGAGAGGUUGGUUUUGGAUUGGCGAUGGCGGUUGGCAAGGAUUCUACACGAGAAACGCUGCUCGGGAGUCUAGUAGUUUGACUGGCCCAUUAUCAACAAAAACAUCAUCUAUCGGGAAUGGGACCAGUCCCGCUAUUGGUCAAGGGAUUAUUCAAUUUCUCUCGUCCCCUGGCCUGAUAGCCGGCAAGAUGAGCCCAGUAAAUGGCGGCGCAGUUAAUGAUAGUGUCUUAGGCAAUACCACAGCCUCGAGGAUAUAUCCAAAUGGCCUUUUCUUUGACUCGAAUCCAUUUUCGAACCUUACUCGGUACCAGGCGGUUAACAACGUCAUUAUUGAUACCCUCGAAGGCCAAUUACUCACGGCACUUAUUGUUGUUUCUUUCAUACUCAUAUUUCUAAUUCGCGAGUGGGUAGUUCAGCAACAACCGGCUUUGGCCGGAGGCGCGGCUGCAGCAAUGCUACCUCAAAUGGAAGUUAGAGAAGAAAACCAACAGCCAGCAGCUGAGGAAGAGGAGGAAGAUGAUGACGACGAUGACGACGAUGACGAUGACCAGGACUUACCGCCCUUUGGGACAGCUCAAGAGGAGGCAGAAGAAGAAGGGCGGUACCAUUACCAUGAAGCAGAAGACUACGACGACGAAGAGCUUGCAAGACCUAGGCCCAGAGCCAUCGCACGCGUUCGAAGACGACGUUUCCCACCUGCGCCUGUCGAGAAUGGAGACGCUGGCUUCGAGAGCACAGAGAGGCCAGGUCAAGGACAUGUUCUUGGUAGUGGUAGCAGAGAUACUUCCCUGGAUAACACUCGUGAAACCUCUUCUGAAAGCCCCUCGAAUCAUCCUACAAGACCACACGUUAAUCGUGAAGUCAUUGCGCGGGCUGCGGAGGUGAGAAGGGAAAUGGAAGAAAAAUUGAGUUUUUUAGAAAACGCAGCGAAUCGAUACGAUUUUGGUCAACCUACAUCCAACGACCGGUCAUUCGAAUUUAGGGCUUCCCCCGGAAAUGAUCACAUACCGGAAAGUGGCAGCUCGAGCGGAAGUGGAAUAUCAGAAAGAGAUGGGGUCAAACUUCCAAGCACAGUAUCAAAGUACAAUGAAGAUUAUCCCAGAACCCUAGAUGGGAGAGAUAUGCAGGUGGCGGGCAGUCACAGAAACAACUUCUGGAAGCCUCACAGGAGGGAAUCUAUUGGUAGUGAUGCUGAUGUUAACCUCGGCCUCCAGUCAAAUAAUCAUGAUAGCCCAACAAAGCAAGAGGGCUAUAGCGACAGACCUUUUGCAUCAUAUUUAGGCUCUGGGGCCACGGGGGGCUCUUCUUCCCACCAUGCCCCUGAUGGCUCAAUUGAUCGAUGGGAUAUGCGCCAAUCUACACUCGAACAAAGAAUGCGGUCAAACUAUGAUAAUGAAGAGCAGGAAGCGGAGGAGAAGCCCAGAGAUAAAGGGAAAGGGAAAGAAAUCGACUUGUCCGAUGAUAUGGAAGACGCUGGUUUCGGUUCUGAUGAUUCCUCGACAGGAUACCUGGCCGCAUCGGAUGAAGAUGAAGAUAUUGAAACUGAAGAAAAUAAGUCCAUAGAGCAAUCUAUAUCGGAAUUUCUUAGUGGCGAAAUUUCCGUGUCGGCUGCUGAAGUCGAAAAUAGCGACUCCUCUACACAACCUUCUACCCCCACCACCAGCGAUUCACAAGCGGCACUGGCGGACCAACAGCCCGAAGCAGCAUUGAACUUUAACAUUGGCGAUGCGCAGCUUCCAAGGAGACGACAACUCGCAAAUGCGGGGCAUGGUCAUGAUCCAGCUAGGAUGCAAGAGCUUAUAAGGCAGUUUGAAGCCGGGCGCGUACAGCAACCGGCUGCCCAAGCUGAUCCCGCAGUGGCAAGAGGAAGGGGAGCUGGUUUGUGGGAUUGGAUAGUUGGUGAUCAACAAAAUCGAGCUCUUGAUAAUCUUCCUGGUAAUGCGCAAGAUCUGGACGAUAUGAACUCAGAUGACGAUGAAGACGAAGAUGAAGACGAUAGGGAUAUAGACGAUAUACCCCUUCGUGAUGCCCCAGUUAUUCCACAGGAUGUACAGCAAGCCAUUGCCGAUGAAGAUGCAGCUGAUGAUUUUGAUGGUAUUAUGGAAUUGAUUGGGAUGCGAGGACCAAUGGCUGGGCUCGUACAGAAUGCAGCAAUUAGCAGUGUAUUAAUUACAGCUACUGUGGCGCUCGGCGUGGCUUUCCCCUAUGUUACAGGGAAAAUCUGCAUGAUUAUCUUGGCCCAUCCUAUAAUGUUCUUAUUCAUUAUCCCAGUCACCGUCGUCUCGUUUUCUGCAGAAUUCGUCGUGGAUUCUGCUACAUGCCUCCUUUUCUCGUUUCUUCUGAUGUUGGACCAAGUUGGACGAUUCGUCAUGAGGUUCGUAGGGUAUGUCAUACCAGCAAUGUCAGAAAUGUCUAAAAGUACAGCAAUCACAAGGCAUUUCAGAGACUGGGCCAUGGACGGUAAGAACAGGGUUAUACACAAGCUUGCUAUACUCGAAUCGAAUUAUUCUACAAUCAGAAAAUUCCCAUCAUCUGGAGUUCCACCACUCUCUUGGGUAACGAGGCAGAGCUGGUCAAAAGUUUCUGUGGGUCUGGCAUGGGGCGCAGAAAAAAUGGGCCUGAGUCAAUCCAACGAAACAUACAGUGUGCCCUAUCUGCAAGACUUAGAAGUGCGGGCCGUUAAUAUUUCAUCACCGGCUGCUUUCAUCAAUUCCAAGUUUGAGAAGGUCAUUAAUCUUAUUCAGCGUAAUGCCACGGCGUUACUCCACCCCAAAGUAUCCGUAUUCAACCAUAGUGAACCUUACCCUCUAUAUGAAUGGUCUGUAUGGGAUCGAGUCGCAGCAGUGCUACUAGGGUACGCCUUUUUCACCAUGCUUGGAGCGAUUUAUCUGCAGAAUGCAAGAAAAAGGAACGGAGGGCCUAGGGGCGUAGAGAAACUUGCCGUUGAACUUUUACAGCAGGCAGGUGGGGUCAUGAAGGUCGUUCUUAUCAUCGGAAUUGAGAUGUUUGUGUUCCCGCUAUACUGCGGGCUAUUACUUGAUGUGGCACUUUUACCAUUGUUUGAAGAUGCAACCAUUUUAUCCAGGAUACAGUUUUUUGUGGAUUUUCCGUUGACUAGCAUUUUUGUGCACUGGUUCGUAGGAACUUGUUACAUGUUUCAUUUCGCCUUGUUUGUUUCGAUGUGCAGAAAGAUCAUGAGAACAGGUGUUCUUUACUUUAUUCGGGAUCCCGAUGACCCGAGCUUUCAUCCAGUGAAAGAUGUGCUUGAUCGACCAGUUAUGAUGCAACUGCGGAAAAUAGGGUUUAGCGCUCUUAUAUAUGGCGUCCUAGUCCUUGUUUGUCUUGGAGGAGUGGUUUGGAGUCUCUGGCUUGCCACAAAUGCGGUCCUUCCCAUUCACUGGUCUUCAAACGAGCCUGUAUUGGAAUUUCCGGUCGACCUCUUGUUUUACAACUUUUUCAUGCCCAUUGCAGUCAAGUUCUUCAAGCCCUCGGAUGGACUACAGAAUAUGUAUGACUGGUGGUUUAAGAAAUGCGCUAGAAUGCUCAGGUUGACUAGCUUCAUGUUUGGGGAGAGAAAGCCGGAUGAGGAAGGGCACCAAGUAAGGCGCACCUGGUCUGCCGUUUUUUUGAGGAAGUGUGGUGAUGUCGAUGAUCCGGUCAAGUCAGAAGCUAUGUUGAAGGCGGCCCAAGAAAGUGGAGUCGAGGCGUAUUUCCAGAGAGAUGGGGGGUUUGUUCGAGCACCAGCUUCAGACUCUGUUAGGAGGCCCAAAGGAUCUACAGUGUUUAUUCCGGUAUCAGAGGACAAUAUCCGUCUUGAUCAAAAACACGAUCCGGUCGACGGGCCAACUGGACCAAACUCACGGGAACUUCAACUUGUGUAUAUUCCGCCUUGGUUCAGGACUCGAAUUGGGCUUGUUGUUCUGGGUAUCUGGGUGUUUGCUGCAGUAACGGGAAUUGCAGUGACAAUUGGGCCCUUGUUGCUUGGAAGGUUUUUCUUGAAAUAUCUUGUGCCUAACCAUGUCAAGCUGAAUGACAUCUACGCUUUCAGUGUAGGUGUGUACAUCCUAGGCGGUAUGGUCUAUGCUGGAACCAAAUGGAAACUUGCCCGCAAAUGGAUUCGCCGCGGAGUUCGGGGCGCUAAAGAUAGCGAGUAUUUCCGUAAGGCAACAAUAUCAUGGGCCAUCCGUGCAGCAAAGAUCUCAUAUGUUCUCACUGCCUUCGCUAUCGUCCUCCCCACAUUAUUUGCUCUUAUGAUUGAGUUUUAUGUCAUCAUUCCAAUCCACACAUAUUUUUCGAGUGGGGAGCAGCAUGUUAUACACUUCAUCCAAGAUUGGACUCUAGGUGUUCUCUAUGUUAAGAUGAUGGGCAGAAUGCUAUUACUAGAUGCGGAAAGUCCUUGGGCUAGAGCACUCAGAGGUGUUGUGGCGAGGGGCUAUCUGGACCCCGAUGUGAAAUUGGCCACAAAGUGUUUUAUUGCCCCGGCUGGUGGGUUCAUGCUGGCGGCGUUGUUAUUGCCGUUGGUCCUGGGCUUUGUAGCUGUCAACACUAUCUUACAAAACGCCUCUUCAACAACCAUCAGUCAAAUAUAUAGAUACAGCUAUCCUGUUGUAUUCGCAAUUUUCUUAAUUAUUGCCGGGGGUUACGCUCUUAAGUUACUCGUAGAUUCGUGGAAACAGAGUAUUAGAGAUGAGGUGUACUUGACGGGUGAACGGUUACACAACCACGGAGAGGCCGGAACGGCAACACCGCCGGCAAUAACAGGCGUUUCUCCAAUAGCUGGUCCUGCAAUGGCUGGGGAUAUUGAUCUACCCUUUGCCGAGAUUGCUGGCAUUAACGCUAGAUUAGCGGAGGAGCUGGCAGCACGUAAUUUACGCGGUUUGUAA